AUGGCUGAAAUUCACGGUAACGGGGAGCUCCCCCACAUUCCGGAUGACUUGACUAUCGUUCAGUUUAUGCUGGAUACCGAUCAUCCCAGCAGGCCCGCCCCGCGCAACCAUAGCGCUUGGUUGAUUGAGGAUGCAACAGGCAGGAAGAUCACAUUCGAUGAGAUCAACCUUCGCACAAACGCGCUUGCUAAUGAGUUCAGCGCGCGCUGGAAGAUAGGCAAGUAUGACUCAGUCUGCAUUUUCAGUCCUAAUCAUGUCGAUUACCCCAUUGCUGUUUGGGCCUCAUUCCGCGUGGGCGCAGUCAUAACAGCUGCCAAUCCCGCCUAUACCGCCGAGGAGCUCAUCUACCAGCUGCGCACUACCGAUGCAAAGCUCCUCAUCGUCCAUCCUUGGAACCUCCCCACUGCUCUUGCGGCUGCACAGCGCAUUGGCAUGGAUAUGGAUCGUAUCGUGCUGUUCAACGCCGAGGAGUCGAAUACCAAGUAUUCACAUCUGACGCUGCAACAGCUGAUCGACGAGGGGGUGAAACGAUCGGUGCCAUUUAUCGAGCGACGACUAAAGCCGGGCGAAGCGCGUACGAAGCUGGCGUUCUUGAGCUUCUCGAGUGGUACCACCGGUCUGCCGAAGGCCGUGCGCAUUUCGCACUACAGCGUGAUGUCGAAUGUGUUGCAGUUCACUACCUACGUACAAACUGAGAAAGUGCCGGAUGACAAGAAGAAGUACCGACCCGGGGACGUUGGCAUUGCUGUCCUGCCGUUCUAUCAUAUCUACGGUCAAGUAGUUGUCAUGCACUGCACCAUAUUCGUCAGUAUGUCGCUUGUAGUCAUCCCAAAGUUCGACUUCCUCGCGAUGCUCGAGAGCAUUCAGCGACACCGCAUCACGUUCCUAACGUUUGUUCCCCCUAUGAUCGUCGCGCUCUGCAAGCACCCCGCAGUGGCGAAGUACGACCUCAGUAGUGUACGGCUUAUCGCAAGCGGUGCAGCGCCACUCUCUGCGGAGCUCACGCGACAGCUUGCUCAGCGCCUCCCGCACUGCAGCAUCGGCCAAGGCUACGGGAUGACGGAGACGAGCACGGCGAUCAGCCUGCCGCAGAUCAACCAACACGUGGGCACGCCCGGAAGCGCGGGGGAGCUACUCCCGGGCGUUGUCGUGCGCAUCGUGCGCCCGGACGGCUCGCUCGCGCCGUAUGGCGAGACGGGCGAGCUUGCGGUCAAGAGCCCGUCGAACGCACUGGGGUACUUGAACAACGAGGACGCAACGCGGGAGACCUUCCGGGACGGGUGGGUGUAUACGGGCGAUGAGGUAUACGUGAACGAGAAAAAGGAGCUGUUCGUCGUUGACCGUAUCAAGGAUCUGAUCAAGGUGAAGGGAUACCAGGUUGCGCCGCCCGAGCUGGAGGGCCACCUGCUCGAGCUCACUGAAGUGACCGACGUCUGCAUCGUUGGGAAACCGGAUGAAUACAGCGGCGAGGUCCCCUUCGCCUUUGUUGUCCCGAGCGCUGCAGCGCUAGAGCGUAUCAAGAAGGAUCCCGCCGAGGCGCAAAAGCUCAAGGACAAGAUCACGAAGCAUGUCGCGGACCACAAGGUGCACUUCAAGCGGCUCGUGGGCGGCGUCGAGUUCAUCGACGCCAUUCCGCGGAACCCGAGCGGUAAGCUGUUAAGACGCGUGCUCCGCGACCGUCUGCGAGCUAGGGAAGAGACCCGCGCGCCUCAGGCUAGGCUGUAAUUGUGCGCCCUUGACACACGGAUCUUCUAUUGCUCGGAUAGGUGCUCCAUACCUUAUUGCGUCAAUUCAUUGCGUCUCGUUCACAGUGUACAUCCUUUUAAUGCACCUUGAGUUCGAAUACACACUAGAUGUCAGUUUGAA